CCCUACUACACACACAUACAGUACAUAGAAGAAAGUGUGUUUUUGUUGUUUGUGUCUUGCAGACGUCCAGCAGCUGAUCGGUAAUCCAGAAGAAGUUUCCCCUCAGUUAGGGGGGAGCUCCACUUUGAAGCAGGAGACUCCACAACCACCCUGCAUUAAAAAGGAAGAGGAGGAACUCUGCAUCACUCAGGAGGGAGAGUGUCUUCUAGGACGAGAGGAAGCUGAUUACACCAAGUUUCCACUGAGUAUUCUCUCUGUGAAGACUGAAGAUGAUGAAGAGAAACCACAAGUAGACAACCUCUUAGCUCCACUAUCAGAUAGUGAGGCUGAAGACGAGGUUGAAGUAACUUUGAGCAGCGAUAAAGACUGUGAAGGUGAUAUGAGGACUCACACUGACAACAAACACUCUGAAUGCUCUACAAAGAAGAGAGGUAAAACAUGUUUGAGCUGCUCAGUUUGUGGUCAAAGUUUUACUAAAAAGAGCCGUUUAACUCUACACAUGAGAACACACACAGGAGAAAAACCAUUUAGUUGUUCAGUUUGUGGCAAAAGCUUUUCUCAAAAUAGCGGUUUGACUCAACACAUGAGAACACACACAGGAGAAAAAACAUGUAAUUGUUCAGUUUGUGGCAAAAGCUUUUCUCGAAAAAGCUGUUUGACUCAACACAUGAGAACACACACAGGAGAAAAAACAUUUAAUUGUUCAGUUUGUGGCAAAGGUUUUUCUCAAAAUAGCUAUUUGUGUCGACACAUGAGAACACACACAGGUGAAAAACCAUUUAAGUGUUCAGUUUGUGGCAAAAGCUUUUCUCAAAAUAGCUAUUUGAGUCGACACAUUACAACACACACAGGAGAAAAAACAUUUAAUUUGUCAGUUAGUAGCAAAGGUUUUUCUCAAAAUACCCAUUUCACUCAACACAUGAGAACACACACAGGUGAAAAUCCAUUUAAGUGUUCAGUUUGUGGCAAAAGCUUUUCUCAUAACAGCUAUUUGAGUCGACACAUGAGAACACACACAGGUGAAAAACCAUUUAGUUGUUCAGUUUGUGGCACAAGCUUUUCUCAAAAUAGCUCUUUGACUUCACACAUGAGAACACACACAGGUGAAAAACCAUUUAGUUGUUCAGUUUGUGGCAAAAGCUUUUCUCAAAAUAGCUCUUUGACUUCACACAUGAGAACACACACAGGCAAAAAAACAUUUAACUGUUCAAUUUGUGGUGAAAACUUUUCUAUUAAGAGCCAUUUGACUGAACACAUGAGAAAACACACAGGUGAAAAACCAUUUAGUUGUUCAGUGUGCUGUAAAAGGUUCACACAUAAUGCAGACGUAGUAAAACACACAAGAACACACAAGGGAAAAUAACCAAUUAGCUG